CGGAGUUGUUGCCGGUAACUCGGGCGGCGGGACGGAACGGGGAUUUCCGCUGGGGGUGAUGCCAUGGCUGCUGCCAGUUCCAGCAGGGCCAGGGCUGGGCCGCCCAGCGAGAAGUCCCAGCUCUCCGUGAAAGUCGUGUCUGUGAAGCCCAAGGUGCAGAGCCGCCCGUCGCGGAUGAACUGCUACGUGGAGGUGGCAGGCGACGGGCUGCCCAGCGAGACCAAGAAGACUGGGAAGCAGAUGGGGAGCUCUGAGCUGCUGUGGAACGAGAUACUCAUCCUGAAUGUCACAGCUCAGAGCCACUUGGACCUGAAGGUGUGGAGCUGCCAUACCCUGUGGAAUGAGCUGCUGGGCACCGCCUCUGUCAGCCUUGGCAGCCUCCUGAAGAGCGGCGGGAAAUUGGAGAACAGGCAGCUGACCCUGGACCUGCAGACGGAGAACAAAGGCAGCGUUGUCUCUGGCGGCGAGCUGACGAUUUUCCUGGACGGCCCUGCUGUUGAUCUGGGAAGCCUGCCCAAUGGCAGCGCCGCCACGGAGGGGUCCCAGCUGCCUGGACGAGAGCCCAGCAGUGUGGUUGCAGCUAUGGAGGGCAGACACCAGCCUCCCACUACAAACUGCUUUGGAAGCAGAGCAAGGUCACACCGACAUGCAGCUGGUGUGGCCAGGCAAAGCUCAGGGAGUGGAGAGCAAAGUCCCAACAGCCGAGGCCGGCACCGUCAGCAGGCCAAGAGCACGCAGCACGCCAGCCUGGCCAAUGGCAUGGCCAACGGCACAGUGAAUGGGGAUGCAGCAGGUGCUGCAGACACUGAAGAGGAGAGGCCGGCAGUGGGAGCGAGCGUUCCGAGCCCGCCAACGUCGAGCACAGCUGACAGCUCCAUUGCUCCUGCCCUUCCUGCCCUGCCCAGCUCCAGAGAGACAGAAGAGGCAGCCCCCAGCUCCAGCGCCCCACGGGCCCGGGCAGCAGCGCUGGCCCUGGAUGCUCUGCCCCCCGGGUGGGAACAGCGUGAGCUGCCUAAUGGUAGAGUCUACUAUGUAGACCAUAAUACUAAGACCACCACAUGGGAGAGACCUCUUCCUCCAGGGUGGGAGAAACGUGUGGAUCCUCGGGGCAGGUAUUAUUAUGUGGAUCACAACACCCGGACCACCACGUGGCAGCGUCCCACAGCCGAGUAUGUCAGGAACUAUGAGCAGUGGCAGUCCCAGCGAAACCAGCUCCAAGGAGCCAUGCAGCAGUUCAGCCAAAGAUUCCUGUACCAGUCAUCCGGAGCCCCAUCCGACAAUGAUCCUCUUGGUCCCCUUCCUCCUGGCUGGGAGAAGAGACAGGACAAUGGGCGAGUCUAUUACGUGAACCACAACACACGGACCACACAGUGGGAGGACCCACGCACGCAGGGGAUGAUCCAGGAGCCACCGCUGCCGCCCGGCUGGGAGAUGAAGUACACGAACGAGGGUGUGCGCUAUUUCGUGGACCACAACACUCGUACCACCACCUUCAAGGACCCACGUCCUGGAUUUGAGUCUGGGAGCAAACAGGGUGGCUCCCCGGGGGCAUACGACCGAAGCUUUCGCUGGAAGUACCACCAGUUCCGCUUCCUCUGCCAUUCGAACGCGUUGCCCAGCCACGUGAAGAUCAGCGUUUCCCGGCAGACGCUCUUUGAGGACUCCUUCCAGCAGAUCAUGAACAUGAAGCCGUAUGACCUGCGCCGUCGCCUGUACAUCAUCAUGCGAGGAGAGGAGGGCCUGGACUAUGGGGGCAUUGCUAGGGAGUGGUUCUUCCUCUUGUCCCAUGAGGUGCUCAACCCCAUGUACUGCCUCUUUGAGUAUGCUGGCAAGAACAACUACUGCUUGCAGAUCAACCCUGCCUCCUCCAUCAACCCUGACCACCUCACCUACUUCCGCUUCAUUGGCCGCUUUAUCGCCAUGGCUCUGUACCAUGGGAAGUUCAUUGAUACUGGCUUCACACUGCCCUUCUACAAGCGGAUGCUGAACAAGCGGCCCACGCUGAAGGACCUGGAAUCCAUUGACCCCGAGUUUUACAACUCCAUUGUCUGGACCAAGGAGAACAGCCUGGAAGAGUGUGGCCUGGAGCUGUACUUCAUCCAGGACAUGGAGAUCCUGGGCAAGGUGACCACCCACGAGCUGAAGGAGGGUGGUGAGAGCAUCCGGGUGACAGAGGAGAACAAGGAGGAGUACAUCAUGCUGCUGACAGACUGGAGGUUCACACGGGGUGUGGAGGAGCAGACCAAGGCUUUCCUGGAUGGUUUCAAUGAGGUGGUGCCGCUGGAGUGGCUGCGGUACUUUGAUGAGAAGGAGCUGGAGCUGAUGCUGUGCGGCAUGCAGGAGAUCGACAUGAAUGACUGGCAGAAGAAUACCAUCUACAGGCACUACACCAAGAACAGCAAACAGAUCCAGUGGUUCUGGCAGGUGGUUAAAGAGAUGGACAAUGAGAAGAGGAUCCGGCUUCUGCAGUUCGUGACGGGGACCUGCCGCCUGCCCGUCGGGGGCUUUGCGGAGCUCAUUGGCAGCAAUGGGCCCCAGAAAUUCUGCAUCGAUAAAGUUGGCAAAGAGACGUGGCUGCCGCGGAGCCAUACAUGCUUCAACCGCCUGGAUCUCCCUCCCUACAAGAGUUAUGAACAGCUGAAGGAGAAGCUGCUUUAUGCGAUUGAGGAGACGGAAGGAUUUGGACAGGAGUGAUGGAGCUUCGGUGCUUUCCCGGGAUGGGGAGGGCCCUGGAGCGCUGCCGGCCGCGAUGUCCUGCCCGCCGGUGCCCACGGAGCCCAGCGCCGAGCCCUCUCCGCAGGAUGGUGCACGGGCAGCUGCGGACGCCGUUGCUCUUGUUCCUGUGCGAGAUCUGCACCGACGCAGCCCUGGGGGGGAGUCCACGUGUCCCUCCCCAGACAAAUCUGAGGUGUGGUGGGA